CUUUGCUGCGUCGAUUGCUUCUGCUAAUGAAUUGAGCUGUUAGUUCCGUUGUACUCGGGGGAAAACGCCAUAUGCGCCUCAGUAUGUCAACGUCAAAAUGCCAGCAGCCAAUCAAAGCUUGCACGUUCGCCCCCGUAGAUCGUCGGUCGCAUGUCCUACAAAUAGAUACACAGUAACACCUGUCUCGAGAUCCUCAACCCAACAUCUCACUGAGGAUUCUAUCUUGUCUCAAGUACUUUGGCCGUGUAAACCCGCUCGAAGUACCUCGGGUAUCACCCUCGAGGACCCCAAAAGCCACUUGCUUCUUCCAUCCGCUAUGCCGCGAUGAUGCACCAGGAAUUAAAACCUGGGCGCUCGCCGCUCUUCUCUGCGCCAGUUCCUCGGAGUCUUCCUCAUCUUCCCUCACCGACAGUGGCAGCGGCAUCCACGCCCUCAUCCUCACCACGGCGCUUCAAGCGCUUUCGCGGCCUACUACCCACAACCUCCUACCGCGCGAUCCUCAGCUCCGUAUGCAUCAUGGCCGUCCUCUUCUGGGUCCUUCACCUCCUCUUCUUCUCCCUCCUUACAGACCUCACCACUGGCAACCCAUUAACAACCUCUCCUUCCCCAUCACAACCUGGAGAAGAAGAAGACUCCUUCUCCUCAGUAGCCGACCUGGCCCUCCAAAAGAUUCUCGGUGACGGCCGCCAAAUCUUCGGCACCUUCCCUUCCUCCUUCAACAAGUCCGCAGCCUCCAAGCGUCGCGCACAAUGGAUGACCCCUCUCCCGGACUCCCUGCCGCUCACCCGCCUCAGAGCCAUUCCGGGAACCCACGACAGCGCAACCUGGAACUUUACUACUGAGACGAGGAACUCGAUCCCUUCUAAUCCGAGCUACUUGCCGGCUGAAUGGUUUAGGUGUCAGAAGAAGAGUAUUUUGGAAUCGUUGGAGGCGGGGGUGCGGUUCUUUGAUUUGCGGUAUGCUGCGUUGGAUACAGGUACGGGUGGGAGUGGGAAAGGGGGAGGAGGACAAGGGACGAGACUGGUGUUUUGGCAUAAGAUGGCUUUGUUGAGUGAGGUGGCGACGGUGGAGGAUGUUUUGUUUGGGUUUUAUAGUUGGUUGGAGGGGAGGGGAGCGGGGGAGGUGGUGAUGGUUAGUUUGCAGUAUGAGCACCCAACCCGCUCCCACGCCUCCAACACCCCACAAGUCCAACGCCUCCUUCAUUCCCUCCUUACAACCCCGGCCGCCCGCCGCUUCAUCUACCCGUCACACUCCCUCCCGCCCACUUUGGGAGACGCCCGUGGCAAGAUCGUCCUCCUCAAACGCUUCGACCUGCCCGACUUGCCUCUCGAUCAACAGCUGGCUGUACCGGGACUCAACUUUUCUCCUAGCCUAUGGCCGGAGAACAAUAGAGGCUUUGAGUUGGUUUAUAACCAACUUGACUUGGGUGUGGUAGAGGGGGAAAAGAGGAAUGAGACGGCGUAUAUAGAGGACUACUUUGAACCUAACGACCUGCCGAGUGGGAUGAAUGGAAGUGUAACGGAGAAUGUGAUGGCUAAGUGGGAGGCUGUGGAGGGCCAUUUACGGGCUGCGAGCGGUCCCGGGGCAGGACUGGGUGCACGCGGGGAGGAUGAUGAGGAUGAUGGGUUGUGGAUCACGUUCACCUCGGGGGAACAUGUAUUGAAUGAACCGAACAUUACGCCGGAGGUUAUGGCGCUUGGUCCGGAAGAACAACGGCAAGGUGUCCCCAAGGUGACUGGCGGUGGAACGGUGAAAGGAGGAGUUAACGAAAAGUUGUUGGCGUUGCUGAGGGAUGAUGGGCCGGACGGGUUAAAGGGGAAGAGGUUGGGAGUUGUGGUGAUGGAUUUCUGGGAGAUGGAAGGGGAGGGGGAUUUGAUUGGGGCGUUGUUGGGUUUGGAUGGUUAGAUACCCAGGUAGUGAAAUGUCUGGUGUAAAGGCGGAAGGACCUCGGGGAGUAAUCGUCUUGUCUGCUUCACGCUUGAACACGUUGUUGAUUGCUGCGUCGACCGAUC